UCAGGUAGCCAAUCACAUGGACUUGCUGCAGAGUGCAGGUACGUGAACAGAUGCUGGGCUGACCUGGCACACGGCUUUGGCUCUGGUAACACAACAGUCCCCCCCUCCAGCUUCGUCGCUCUCCUUAAUUAGGGGAAAUAAAAAAAAAAUGAAUACCCCAAACUUCAAAGCAAAGAGGAUUUAACACAGCAACUUUUCAUUUUUGGAGAUUUUCAAAAACUCAUUUUGACUUUUGAAAUUUAUGUGGACAAAAACAAACUAAAAGAAACUACAAAAUAAAUAAAAGAAUAGUUGAUGGUGCUGUAGAAUUGCUAAUUGCACAGGAACAAAAUGAAUUCCUCUGUCUGGAAAAUAUACAAGAGCAAAGUGCUGAAAACGUUCACAGACCAAGAAGAGGAGGAGGAAGAAGAAACAACUGCACCGGAAGAGGAGCAGACCGCUGUAACCCCAUCUCAGGCUGAGGAUGGCUCAAGUACGAUGUCCCAGUUGGCCAAGAAAAUGCAGGGAGCCGGAGCGAAGGGCUGGAAAAGCAUGGCUUCCUUAUUCAAUCGGGAGGAUGAACACAAGUUGCUUGCGUCAGAAAGUACACCUCACACUGCUGACCACCCUCUGGCAGUUAAACCGGAAGAGCCUCACGUAGAAAAAAGGUCCACUGGAUUCUGGGAUACCUUUGCUGUGAAGUGGCAGCAGGCAUCUGCUAUGAAGGCUGGCGAAGAAAGUCAUGAUCAAGAAAUCCAUGCUGAAGAAGGCAGAGAGGACAUAGAAGAGAGACAUCAUGAGGAAUCCAACAAUUCGACCAAUUACAAGACCCUGGAGGGCACAGAGGACAGUGGCUUCAAGUGGAACUUUGUAACUAGCAAGCUAGUAGAGCUGAAAAACAAAAGCAUGGCGAAUUAAUGAAGUAAUGGUUAAAAAGAAAAAAGCAGGAGAUGGGAAAAUAGAAAUGCAAACUGAAGCACAUUUGAUUGGGUCGCUCGUUUGAGUGGUACAUUUUCCAGUAUGACGUGAUCUUUAUUUCAUUUAACUGCAGUUACAUUCUUUUGGUGUCUUUGAGAUUCGAGAUAGAAUAACAAAUCCAAGUGCAGGAAAUUGAAGUGCUUCUAAAGCUGCUCUGCACUCUGAUGGCCUUGAUUUAUGUAGAAAUCCAAGCAUUAAUAAGAAGCUACCUGGCGGCAUCAGUAGCAGUAAAAGUAAAUGAGAAAUCAGUUGGGCAGGCAUUUACCUCUAUAGAGUAUGGCGAAUAUUGCAGGGCUUUCUAAUGGGGUACUAAUUUAUUAGCGUAGGCGGCACACUGUGACAAGCAUACGCGUUAUAUGUGCCUUGCUUAACAUUACUAAUUUGGAUAGAACUCCCUGUUGUUCACACCAGUUUUGUUUCUCAUAAACAUUUUAUGCAAUAAAUGUGUGAGCCUGCAGAGAUUAUUGACUACUUUGAUGGUUGUGAUUUCAGACUUGGAGAUAAUUUUCCUUUAAUUAUUAUUUUUUAUGUAUAAUGAAUAUGAUAUAUUACACCGGAGAGAAAGAAGGGGAAGUGUCAAAUUGAUAUCACGUAACAAUAAAUUACUUUUACAUCUGAAGUUAAUGUUAGUUUCUUUAAAAAUUACGCAAAGAAUAUAACACAAAAAGGAGUGACAGACAGAAGUUGUUAUGCGCACACACACGCUCACACACACACACGUGUCUGCAAAUUGCAUAUCCAGCUUCCAUUAAUAAAAUGAUGGAAUACAUUGACACAUUAUGGUCCAGUUUAGCUGGGUGGCCAUUACAAGCUCAAAGAAUUUUGCUACAUCCUUAAACAGUUAUCCUUAUGAACUAAUAACAAUACCUCAAAGUAUUUUCACUUGAUUCUCACAGCGAAUUGAAGCAGAAAUCAUUUUGGUUAGCAUUAGCAAUGUGAAAAAUGUGUGGCAGCACUGAGUCAGCCUAAGCUGCUGUUACGUGCUUCAUAUUUUUUGCCUUUUGUCUCAAAAAAGCUUAUCAAGUUAUCCUUGAAUCUCUUCGUCCACCCCUCCAUCCAUUUUGCACCUGCUGAUGCCCGUCUCAGCAACACAAAAGACUGUCGACUGGAGGAUUUGUUCUCCUGUGCUCAGUUGCUGGCUGGCCGUAUUCAGUUCUUUCAUUAAUUAGAACUCGUAUCGCCAUGAUUGUGUAUUUGUUUAACUGCUUGUUUACGCAUGAGAAUGUUGUAAGUGUUAGCACUUUCCUGGUAUUGUAUUAUGAUUGUAAAUUGGGGUAAUGAAUGAACAAUAAUUUGAAUUAAACUGAAUUGCAGGAACCAAUGCUGGGUAUGUUGGCAGCCCACCACAGGGCACACUCCAUCAGAGUGGUCCAUUGUAGAGCUGCCAAUUAAUCAAACAGCUGUAGGAUGUAGGAAGAAGAUCAGAGUAGCUUUCUCAAUAUUAAUCAAACUAGGAGAGUUGUGUUGGAUGAACGGGAUCACAAAAUGGAUGGAUGGUUGCAGAAAUAAAACUCAACUUUAAAGGGGCUCAGAAUAAAAUAAGGCAGAUGAAGAAACGCCUCAUAAACCUACAGGUAAACCGCACCUGUGAUGAUUCACAUAUUGAACAACUGAUCCGAUAUUCUUGACUUCAACAUCUGACCCUGACUUUUAAAUUACUUAUCAUUAUAUGUUCUUUAAACAAAAAGGUGAGAAGAAAGAAGUGAUAAUCUCUGCUUAUGUUUUCAGAGUUCAGAAUUUUGCUGUGCUCUCCAUUCAUCUAAUGUUGAUGUCAUUUUUUUUUCAUUGAAGGAGAGAUUGCUUGUUUUUUUGUGUUUUAUUUAUUGUGAUAUGUUUGCAAUUAAACAAAAGUGUUAAACUAUUGAUUCAUAUA